UAUAUGUGUGUGUAUGUUGUUUUACGUGGUAUAACCUGAACGCCUAUGCUGUACGUACACGUAACCUGAAAAAGACUUAUCGUGGAUGUACUUUGGCAGUAUACUCACACGUCAUUAUUUCGCGAUUGUUAACCGUGAUUCGCGAUUAAUUGUGUAGCAGCACAAGAACUGCAUAGAGACUGUGUAAAAUGUCAGAUGUGAGAGACUGGUUCAAUUCCUUACCGAUAUUCACGAGAUAUUGGUUAUUAUGUACCGCGGUUUUGACGUUAGUCGGCAGAUUUGGACUUCUGAGCCCGCAUUUAUUAGUGUUGUGGCCCGAUCGAUUUUUUAAUAAUUUCGAAAUCUGGCGGGCAGUAACAUGCGUCUUCUAUUAUCCUCUCAGUCAAGGCACUGGCUUUCAUUUCCUGAUCAAUUGCUAUUUCUUGUACAAUUACUCGUUAAGAUUAGAACGAGGAGAGUAUGAUGGGAAGCCCGCGGAUUAUUGCUUCCUCCUCUUAUUUAAUUGGAUAUGUUGUGUUAUCAUUGGGCUUAUCGGCGACUUUCCUCUGCUCAUGGAUCCUAUGGUGCUCAGCGUGUUGUAUGUCUGGUGUCAACUAAAUAAAGAUGCCAUUGUAAACUUCUGGUUUGGUACACAAUUUAAAGCUAUGUAUCUGCCUUGGGUUUUGUUUGGAUUUAACUUGAUCAUCUCCGGUGGUGGAAUGAUGGAAUUGUUUGGAAUUUUAGUAGGACACUUAUAUGUUUUCUUAAAAUUCAAGUAUCCUCAAGAACUUGGUGGUCCAGAAUUACUUAAUACACCUAAGAUACUUGAAAGUUAUUUUCCACCCCAAAGAGGUGGAAUUCGAUCAUUUGGAAGCGCACCUAUUUAUAGACCAGCAGAACAAAAUGCACAAGGCAGAAAUAUAUUUGGUGGACAUAAUUGGGGAAGAGGUCAUGUACUGGGCCAAUAAUUAAGAAAAUUAAAAAACUUAUAAAUUUAUUGAAUAUGAAA